AUGGGUUACGCUCUUUGGCUCGUCCCUUCUCAGGAAGAGGCGCGCAGCCUCGAUGAACUCAUGAGGAUACGCCCUCCACGCGGCGAACCACACCUUCGAACGCGAUCCUAUCCUACCUUUCACCCGCACAUAACACUCGCCACAUUCGAGCACCUCCCCUCGUCCUUCCAAUUACGAAGCAUCAUCCCUCAGAAUGGUCCCGUCAAGACAUACUUUCGCGAUUUGAAGCCCGGAUCGACCUACCUCGGUGCCAUGUCCGUGCAGAUGAGGAAAACUGCAGGGCUGGAAUCUUUGCACAGAUCUAUCGUCGCUGCACUAGACGUGCAGGACAUACAUUGGAAGAGCCGCAACUUCCCGCACAUGUCGUUGUUCUACGUCGACGAGGCGCCGGAGCGCGAGCGGUUGCUACAGAUCGUGAACAGGUGUGCAAGUCGCGCCGAAGACGGUCGUCUUGUUCUUUGGACUGGCCCCGGACGCCACGCACGGCCCAUACACCGCUUCACGGGAUCGAGUGUAUGGCUCGUGGAUUGCCGUUCAAAGGACGUUGAGCGAUGGAGCGUACUCGACCGACUCCCACUCGCCCGUUCAAGCUUGCCUCCGGCACGCACGGGCGAUACGGGCGCCGCCAAUUAUCAGGAGGAUGCACCUGUUCUUCACCGUCGAGCGACUGCCAACCAAGCUUCGCCUUCAACGCCCCGGGACUUGCACCAUCACUUCCGCCCUCCAGCCAUUGAGAACGGCGCGGUGUCGGCCACAUCGGCGAGCAUCUCAAUGAUACCUCACUACCAAUAUGGAUAUUACAUCGCAAAUACAGCCCAGAGCGGUUAUAUCGCCGCUGGGUGGCCCGCGAUGCAUGUUUACAACUAUUACUAG